AUGGACAUCACUUCCUUCCCCGAAAGCGGGCCGUACUUCCGGUAUGAAGCCUCAGGGGUUGUGAGGUGUGCCGGCGCCGAUGCCAAAAAGGUCCAAGCGGGAGACCGGGCCGUCCUCAGAGGCAUCAAGACCUUCUCAACCGUGAUCAUUUCGACGGAGCUGCUGGUGGCGGCGCUCAAGCUGGCCACGCCGCCGAGACCCGAUGACGGCGGCGGCGGCAGCGGCGAGGACGAGGAAGAAUUAAGGCCAUCGUCGACAGGCACAUCAUGUUCUUCGGCAUCACACCCGAUCCGCCCCUCGGCAGCUCCAACAGCAGCGCCCGCCGAUGGCCGUCUUCCGCAACGUCGGCGGCGCGGGCGAGGGCGGCGGCGUCGGCCGACAGGCGCGGGCAAGCAGGCCGAUUCGCUGUGGGCCUUUAUGGCCAAGGCCGACCCGGUUCUGCUCAAGACCCCCGAGGCGGACACGUUCCUGCCGCGCGAGAUCGGCAAAAAGGUAAUGAUCUUCCUGGCUUCCAUGUGCUCUAAGGGCGUUAGUAGAUUGGAAGCGAAAGUUUUUGCGUUGUAUGGUAUCGAGCAAUUCGAGCUGGAAGUCGUGGCAGAGUGUAUCUUUUUCUGCCCUCCAUAUUAUUGCUAG